UGUUUCAUCGCUUGGAUUCCAUAGCAGCAGCAGCAGAAGCAGCAGCAGCACCAGAAGGAGCAGCAGACUCAGCAGCAGCAGCACCAGCAGCAGUAGCAGCAGCAGCAGCAGCAGCUGAAGGAGCAGCAGCAGCAGCAGCAGCAACAGCGGCAGCAGCAGCAGUGGCAGCAGCAGCAGCGUCAGCAGCAGCAGCAGCAACAGCAGCAGCAGCAGCAGCAGAAGGAGCAGCAGCAGCAGCAGCAGCAGCAGCAGCAGAAGGAGCAGCAGCAGCAGCAGCAGCAGCAGCAGCAGCAGCAGCAGCAGUAUCUACAGCCAUCCCCAUCCUCCCCUCCUCUUUGAGCCGCCGCGGGUCCACCCGCCGCCGCUCCCUCCCGGCCACCGCGGGUCCACCCGCCAUCGCCUUCCUCCCACUCCGUGCACGUCGCAUCGGCUCCCGCCAGAUCUGGCUCGAGCUUGAGGCAAUGUUCGAACGCACCGACUUCGAUGCUGUCGGACCGCUCUUCAAGGAAUACUUCAGCAUCACGAUCGAACACAGUGCUGGCGCCGUUGACUACACCAGCCGUGACAUUUACGACCCAGCUGUCCCUGACUCCCCUGCUCACUCUGCCUCAUCACACCAGCACCAGCAGCAGCAGCAGCAGCAGCAGCAGCAGCAGCAGCAGCAGCAGCAGCAGCAGCAGAAGGAGCAGCAGCAGCAGCAGCAGCAACAGCAGCAGCAGCAGGUGCAGCAGCAGCAGCGGAUGGAGCAGCAGCAGCAGCAGCAGCAGCAGCAGCAGCAGCAGCAGCAGCAGCAGCAGCAGCAGCAGCAGCAGCAGCAGCGGAUGGAGCAGCAGGAGGUGCAGCAGCGGAUGGAGCAGCAGCAGCAGCAGCAGCAGCAACCGCAGGCAGUGCAGCAACAGCAGCCGCAGCAGGAGGUGCAGCAGCAGCACCAGCAGCAGCCACAGCAGCAGCAGCAGCAGCAGCAUCAGCCACUGCAGCAACCUCAUCGGCAUCGCCGCACCACCUCUCCCCUUUUCCUUCGCUCCUCUCCCACCCGCUUCUUCAUCCUGGUGUAUGUCGACGACAUGAUCCUGUUCGCCGACGAUGCUGCCGCCAUGCAGCAAGUGAAGGACGCCCUGCAUGCGCGCCUCAAGUGCAAGGACCUGGGCACGUCGCAUCGGCUCCCGCCAGAUCUGGCUCGAGCUUGAGGCAAUGUUCGAACGCACCGACUUCGAUGCUGUCGGACCGCUCUUCAAGGAAUACUUCAGCAUCACGAUCGAACAUAGUGCUGGCGCUGUUGACUACACCAGCCGUCUCCUGGACCUUGCCUCCCGCCUUGAGGCUCGCCAGACU